ACUGAUGCAUGGGACAGCUCAGUAGUCCAAGACUUUGAUAUCCAUCCCAUCGAGCCAUGGCUACUUUUUAAUCACGCGAGAGAAAGGCUGGUUGUAUGGAAUUAUGAAGAUGGCCGUCAGAUUGCCGAUAAGGUUUGUCGUGGGCAGUCAUUCUUUGCCGUUGCCAGGUUUCUUCCAGAUAAAGGAUGGAUCGUGGCCGUUGAAAUGAGAGGUUGCCUGAUCCGGGGCAUAUUAACGAUGUACGAGAUGAUAAGGCUAGCGGAACCGAACACGAGGCCUAAUAAUCCUAAUAACGUCUCUUCGUCAGAUUCCGAUAAGAUGAGGGAAAUUUAUAAAGUCCAAGAAAUUGAAGUUGGAUAUCAACUGGUUCGAACCCUAACCGUUCAUCCGACGUCAAGAUAUAUCUUGGCCUUGGUUCAAGAGUAUGGGCAGUUUGCCCAGCGAGUCUAUGGAUGGGAUGCCGACAAACUAAGGGACAAGUUUGUGCUUGGCGGCGCCGAGGAACCCCCUCCUCCUUCUUCUCCUUCUCCUCCUCCUCCUCUUCAUCAUCAGCAUCAGCAGCAACAUGCUCAGCCUAAUCUUAGUCAUCAGAAAGUUAUGGAAAAAGACGAUGGUGAUCUUAUCCGUACGGCUUUUCAUCCUGUGGAAUCGAAUGUGGUCGCGACGGGCGCAUUUGGUGGGAACAUCAAGGUGUGGAAUGUGGAAAAGAGGAUGGUGCUGCACGGAUUCGAUGCAUCGAUCGGUGGCAUCUCUGCCAUCCAAUUUGCUGGUGAAGGGCAGAUUUCCCUUCUGAUUGUAGGUCAUAAAUCUGGUCAGAUUCAUGUGUGGGAUUACAAGAAGAGAGCAUGCGUUUCCACUCUCGUUGGGCAUGGCAGCCCCGUGAUCAACAUCACCUCCUUCUCCCAGUUGCCUUGUAUAUUGAGCCUGUCUAAGAACGGAACACUUAGAUUCUGGAAUGAUUCUAAUUAUAGCCUAAUUAUGGCUUAUAGGAGUCCAUUAGAGGAUUUUCAGAAGAUUGCCAUCUGUCGCGUCUCGGAUAAGGUGGUUUUUGGCGGGAAACGCGCGAUGCUGGUGGUGGAUGGCGGGAUACUGAGCAGAGGUGCGCUGCUGGCGGAGGCGGCGGCAGGGAGGAGGGGGAGGCGGAGCGAUUCUUCGACUUCUCUCUUCCUCCUCUGUCCCGAUCGGGAAUUGAAGCAGGUGGUGGAGACGGAGAUGGCGACCUUGAGGGAGGAAUGGUUGAGGGUCGUUGAUGAGUCGACUGCACAGAAGAUGCGUCAGCUGGAGGUUGAAGUAAUUAAUCUGGAGAAUGAGGUGUUAGGUCUGAUGGCAGAGAAGGAAGGGUGGGAAGAAAGGCUGGAACGAUGCAAAGCAGAGCAAGAGAAAAGCGAGAGAAGAUUUGCAGACAGGAUCAAGUCCCUUGAUGAGUAUGUGGCCAAUCUGAUGGCUCAUCUGAGCAACACGCAAGCGGAGAGUGACGCUUGGCGGCUGAAGAGUCAGCAAUGCAAAUCUUAUCAUAAGAAAAGGGAGCAAUUGCAUCUAGAAAGAAUCAAUCAGCUUGAGAGUGAGGUGACAGAUCUGAGGGAGCAGAUAGAGUUGGCGGAGAAAGAAGAUAGGAGGAGGAGAUACGGUGGAUGGUCGAGAUCCAUGGAUAAACAAGAGCAGAAGGAAGAUGGCGAUCCAGGUGGCUAUGGAGAAGGCAGGGUCCAGCAGAAGCUAGAGACGGAGGUCAGGAAUCUGGCUAUGGCGAUGGAAAAGGAGGUGAUGGAAAAGACGAUCGAACGGUUGAGAUCAGUGAAUGCAGAACAGGAAAAGAUGAUAAAGCAGCUCGAAAGUGCGGUUAGUAAUCUGACGGUGGAGAGAGAGGCAUUGAAAGAGCGAUUAGAGCAAAUCAGAUCAGUGGAAAACAAUGUCGGACAGUCAACAUCAGAGCAGGAAGGGCAGGAAAUGAGGAGGAUAAACCAGCUGAAAACUGAGCUUCGCAAUCUGACGGUGGAGAGAGAGGCAUUGAGAGCGCGAUUGGAGGAGCUCAGAUUGGUCGAAGACACAAGCGAACGGUCCAGAUCGGAGAAGGAAGAAGAGGAAAAGACUCAAAAGAGGAUAAACCAGCUGGAAACUGAGGUCAGCAAGCUGAUGGUUGAGAUAGAGGCGUUGGAAGCGCGAUUGGAGGAGCUCAGAUUGCAGGAAGACGAAAACGGACGGUCCAGAUCGGACAAAAAGGAAGAACAGGAAAAUAGGAGGAUAAACCAGCUGGAAACUGAGGUUAGCAAUCUGACGGUUGAGAGAGAGGCAUUGCAAGAGCGACUAACGGAAAUCCGAUCAGAACACGACAAACUGGAGAAAAUAAGUUGCGCAAAGAUCCAACGGCUGGAAAUGGAGCUAAGCAACCUAAUUGCAGAGAGGGAGGCGGCUCUGAAGAAGGAUACACUCACUAACAGACCACAGGACGGAGACGACAGUGAAUUAGCAGGCGAAUGUGCGUGCGAGAGCGAGGCCAGCGACUGUGACGAAAUGACCAGGACUUCAUCUGCCAGUGGUCAACUGUCUCCAUAUCUGAACUAUCUCCAGCCAAAAAUUCUCCAGCCUGGCAAUUGCCAGCUGGACAGUCAGCAGCUGGACAAUCGACAGUCUGACAAUCCACAGGCGGACGAUUGGCAUCUGGACAGUCAACAGCCUGGCAAUCUGCAGUCUUGCAAUCCACAGGCACACAGUCUACAGGCGGACAGUCGACAGGCGGAGAGUCGGCACCCUCACAGUCCACAGGCAGACAGUUGGCAGGCGGACAGUCUGCAUGCGCAGAAUAGACAGAUGGAGAGUCGUCAGGCGGAGAGCUGGCAGCCUGACAAUCUCCAGCCUGAGAGUCGACAGGCGGACAGUCAAGUGUCGGACAGUCCACAGUUGGACAGCCAGCAGGCGGAGAGUCGGCAGCCUGACAAUCUCCAGCCUCACAGCCGACACGCAGACAGUCAACAUGCGGCCAGUCGGCAGCCUGACAAUCUCCAGCCUGAUGGUCGAAAAGCAGAGAGUCAGUAUCCGGACAAUCUCCAGCCUGAUGAUCGACAAGCGGGGAGUUGGCAGCCUGACAAUAGACAGCCUGACAGUGGACAGGCGGGCGGUCAACAGGUGGACUGCGGACAGCUGGACGGUCGCCAGCCGGACGUUUAUCAGGUGACCCCGUUUCGAGAAUUUUCUCUUCAGGAGCUUGAGGAUGCGACGAACAAUUUCCAUGACACCUUCAAACUUGAAGAUCGAGAAUAUGGGUCGUUUUAUGAGGGAAAGUUUGUAGUGAAGAAGCUCGUGAAGACGAGCGGCAGCACGGUGAGCUCGUUUGUGAAGCUCAACAAGGACCUGGUGGAAAGACUGUGGUCCCUUCGGCACCCACACUUGCGGGCGCUGCUGGGAGUCUGCUAUGAGGGGAACUGCCUCGUGUAUGAACAUGUGGCGAAUGGGAAUGUGAGAGAAUGGAUCUUCGCUGUAAGAGGGGCACAACGCCCGAAGGGGGUACUGACGUGGCCGAUAAGGCUGCGCAUUAUGGCUCAGGUUGCUCAAGCCCUCUGCUUCCUUCACUCCAAUCUGUCAGUGAGUGGUGGUCCCAUCAUCCACUGUGGCAUCAGUCCGAACAAUAUCCUUUUAGACAAGGAUUUUGUUGCGAAAAUCGGUGAGGUGGAUAUGGCAUUGAUUGCACCAGACUUCUGUGAAGAAGAGCAAGCACACGAUAUCAUGCAUGUGUCCUUCGGGACCGCUUUUCACUACAUAGCCCCCGAACUUGUGCGGACUGGGGCCUUCGAUGAGAAGUCGGAUGUCUAUGCGUUCGGCAUCACUCUUCUGGAAAUGCUCACUGGGAAGUCCAAGCUCGCUUUGCGAACCAUCGAUCAAGCAGUCAAAAACGUCGCGAAAUUUAAAAAUGCCCUCGAUCUAAAGGCAGGAGAUUGGGAUCUGGAUCUCGCUUUGGAAGCAGCGAGGCUGGGGCUGCGAUGCGCAAGUCUCGACACCGCUGAUCGCCCCAGCCUGAUGAAUGGUGAAGGUGCCAUUCUACCUGCUCUGCAAAACAUUGCUCGUAAAGCGGAACUCACUGUCUCGCCGGGGAAUCCACGUGCCGCUCGUGCCGCCGAUGCUGUCCUCACGUCUACCAGGCUCACCUUCGCCAGUGCACUCGGUGCAGUCCUCGCAGCCACCAAAGUUGUUGGUAUUAUUGCUAUUGUUGUUGUUAUUGUUAUUGUUGUUGUUGUUGUUGUUGUUGUUGUUGGCGGCGGCGGCGGCGGCGGUGGCAGUGUUAUAGUCGCCGUCAAUGAUGCAGAUGCCGCCAAGGUGCCGCUCGUGCCGCCGAUGCUCCGCGGCGGCGGCGGCGGCGGCAGUGUUAUAGUCGCCGUCAAUGAUGCAGAUGCCUCCAAGCGAGGUCCCCAUCGACGUGCAAAAGGUGCAGCAAGAGCGCCGACAGGCGAACGAGUGGUGGAUGCUUGCGCAUUGCAAGUCCUGACGAUGGAAAGGGAGCUCCCGGGUAGUGCGAAGGCAUUAACGACACCUGAGAGAAACACGGUGGUCGCAGCUGUGUCGGUCGUCACCAUGCGUUAUCGCAUUGAGAGAACGACAACUCGCCUGAGGAUGAGAUUGUUCGUUCAUAGGCAGAGGCAGCUGAUGCAACAAGUGAUGGAUGCAACCGAUUUUGUGUCGUUAUCGGAAUCCAUUGUGCAAUUCUGCUACGCCAUGGCAUCGAGUGUGAUCCCGCGGGCAACGCCGAGAUGGUGGAUGAGGAGAAGGACGGGAGGGACAUGGGAGGAUCUCCAACAGGUUGACCACGCGACGGAGGGCUACUACAAGGAGAAGCUGCGGAGUGGAGUAGUCAAUGGCGCGCGUCAGCGGUCUGCUGGAGGUUUCCCGCCUGUCCAUCAUCGUCUUCCUCACCGUUAGUCAUUUCUGUCUGAUGCCAGGACCUUGCACAACGACGCACACAUGGAACAACACGACAAGGAGCGGGAGAAUAGUGGCCAGCAGCAGCAGCGGGAACCAUCGGAGGACGUCUGCCAUGAAUCACAGCAUGCGAGGCAUGUACCAAACAAAGCUUGCAUCAAUGU